UAGCACAAGCACACAUCUCACUCCGCUCGUGUUGAACACCGGACACACAACAGAUCCGAUCUGAGCUUAUGUUCAGAUUUGAUGCCAGUUUCUAAAAGCAAGUGACCAAUCGGACAGACAGAAAGGAUGACGGCAGUAAAUGCUCCACGUGACAGGUAUAAUGCUGUCUGGAUCAUAUUCUUCAUUUUGGGGUUGGGAACUCUUCUACCCUGGAACUUCUUUAUGACGGCAACCAUGUAUUUCACCAGCCGUCUGAAGGACCCGCCCACUAACGGAGAACUCAAUCAGACAGCCAACGUUACAAUGGGGGACGACAAGCGUAACGUCCUGGAGUCAAAGUUUAACAAUGUGAUGACGUUAUGUGCCAUGGUGCCACUACUCAUUUUUACCUGCCUGAACUCUUUCCUCCACCAAAGGAUCCCUCAGAAGUUGAGAAUCUCUGGCAGUCUCUCUGUGAUUUUCGUGGUGUUUCUCAUCACUGCAGUGUUAGUGAAGGUGGAGAUGGAUCCCCUGCCAUUCUUUGCCUUCACCAUGAUCAAAAUCGUCUGCAUCAACUCGUUUGGAGCGAUUCUGCAGGGAAGUUUGUUUGGUCUGGCUGGAAGGCUCCCGGCCUCAUACACCACACCCAUCAUGAGCGGCCAGGGUUUGGCUGGAACCUUCGCUGCUUUUUCCAUGAUCUGUGCUCUUGCCUCGGGCUCAGCAUUACAGGACAGCGCCUUCGGUUACUUCAUCGUUGCUUGUGUUGUGAUUCUCCUGGCCAUCUUUUCUUACUUCCUACUGCCCAAAAUGGAGUUUUUCCAGUAUUUCUCUGAAAGUAAUGGCUGCAGGCCCAUCAGGGAUGAAGAAAACAAAUUGGACCUACUGAAGCCUGAUAGUUCAGAGAAGACACCUGUAGUAAACCUGACUGAUGAAGAGCCCAAACCCACUGUUUCAGUGUUUGCCAUCUUUAAAAAGAUCUGGGUGAUGGCACUUUCCGUAUGCUUCAUCUUCACAAUCACCAUUGGCGUUUUCCCAGCCGUCACCGUUGAUGCCAAGUCCACUGUGGCAAACGGCAGUGCUUGGGAAACGUAUUUCAUCCCUGUAUCCUGUUUCCUUCUGUUCAAUGUGAUGGACUGGGCCGGUAGGAGUCUGACCGCUUUGUGUAUGUGGCCGGGUAAAGACAGCAAGUGGUUGCCAGGUCUCAUCAUUGCACGUGCAGUGUUUGUUCCCCUCUUCAUCUUCUGCAAUGUACAGCCCAGACAACACAUGCCAGUGCUUUUUGGCCACGACGCCUGGUACAUCAUAUUCAUGAUCCUCUUCUCCUUUAGCAAUGGAUACCUGGCAAGUCUCUGCAUGUGCUUUGGACCCAAGAAAGUGGCCCAGCAUGAAGCAGAAACCGCAGGAGCUGUAAUGGUCUUCUUCCUGUCUCUUGGUUUAGCUCUGGGUGCAACUCUAUCCUUUGGUUUCCGAGCCAUGGUCUAAAACCAUGGGCUAGUAUGAUGAAGAAGACUUUAUUAUCCUCAUCCUCCUUGUUACAUACAGAAGUGGAUUUAUUUUAGGGCUGCCUAACGAUUAGUCGUGACUAAUCAUUUGCAGAAUAAAAGGUUUUGUUUACAUAAUAUAUGUGGGUGUACUGUGUAAUAAUUAUGUAUAAAUACAAACACACACAUGCAUGUAUAUAUUUAAGAAAUAUUUACAUGUGUAUAUACAUUUUUAUAUUUAUAUAUAAUUUAUAUUAUAUAUAAAUAUAUAUUAAUAUUAUAUACAUUUAUUUUUUCUUUAAAUUAUACAUCCAUGUGUUUGUAUUUAUUUAUACAUAAUUAUUAUACACAGUACACCCACAUAUAUUAUGUAAACAAAAACUUUUAUUCUGUCGCGACUAAUCGUUAGGCAGCCCUAAUUUAUUUACAGCUGAAGAGUCUGGGGAAAAAACAUGUUUAUCCUGCACAUCCAUAAUCUUGUUGCCGGUUGGAUUAGCUUUGGGAUAGUUCACCCAAAAAUGAAAAUCCUGUCUUUACUCACUCAUGUUGUAACAAACCUGUAUAACUUUUUUUGUUCUGAUAAACACGAAGGAAGAUAUUUAAAAAAAAGUUCGUAAUCAAACCGUUCGUAAGCCCCAUUCACUUUCAUAGUAUUCUUUUUCCUACUAUAGAAGUAAAUGGGGCUCACGAACGGUUUGAUUACGAACAUUCUUCAAAAUAUUUUGUGUUCAUCAGAACAAAGAAAUUUUAUAUAGGUUUGUCAAAACAUGAGAGUGAGUAAAUUAUGAUUCUCAUUUUUGGGUGAACUAUCCCUUUAAGUAGAUGUUGUUGCUUUUGUGCAUAUUGAACAAGUUACUGUACAAAGUGCUUAUUUGUUAUUCAUAAGCUUUAUACAUUAUAUACAUUAUAUGAGCCAUCGUGACAAAAAUAAGCCAAAAUCUGUCAACAGCGUUUUUCCAUUUUAUUUUAUACAUCGUUUGUGCAAGUUGUUUUGUAUAUUGUGCCUGAUCAGCACAAUUUAGCAAUAGUGUAGAGAAAGAAUAAGUGUUUUAUUUUUUUAAAACAAAGUUUUGUAGAUGUUAUUGUAGUAUAAUGAUGUUAGAGAUCUGCAGCUGUUGGUUAGGUCAGUAUUUCUAGAUGAAAGUACUGUACAAUACCAUAAAGGGUCCCAGUUUGAGUCAUUUGAUGUUUUUAAAUCGUAGAUUAUUUUAUUUUAAUGUAUUUACUUUGAACAAGCCUUAACCUAUUUGUUGUUUUACGACGUUUAUUUUUUUUUA